AACCCCCCAUGUUUUGUGGAAAUAUAAUUACUCAUUUCAGUUACCAAACAAAGAGGGCAACACCCGUGUAGCACUUACACUUUCUGCUAUCUUCCAUCUUUUCAAUCUUUCCACGUAACAAAAUCAGAUUCAAUCUCAGAACCCAUUUUCUCGUUAAUUCUUGCCAUAAAAAAAAUGGAAAAGAAAAUCCUUGAUGUCGUACUAGUCCCUACAGGUCUCGUUAUAAUGAUCGCAUACCAUUUAUGGCUUCUCUACCAAAUCGUUAAACAUCCCACAAAAACUGUCAUCGGUGUCAAUUCAAUCAAUCGCCGUCUAUGGGUUCAAGCUAUGAUGGAGGAUGUAUCCAAGAAUGGGGUUUUGGCAGUGCAAUCAUUGAGAAACAACAUAAUGGCAUCAACUCUUUUGGCUUCCACUGCAAUUAUGUUGAGUUCUCUUAUCGCUGUGUUGAUGAGUAGCAGAAAUGAAGAAAGAGGUGUUGUAGCUGUGGUGUUUGGUGAUAGGACUGAGCUAGUUUUUAUUAGAUUUAAUUAUUAGAUUUAAUUCAUAUUUAAGUUUGUUAGAUAUUAGAUUUAAAUAUUAGAUUUGAUUCAUAUUUAAGUUUGUUAGAUAUUAGAUUUAAAUAUUAGAUUUGAUUCAAAUUUAAGUUUGUUAGAGGCUUAUAAAUAGGGUGUCAAUCAUUGUAACUUUUAAUCCUUUUUGUAGUCAUCAUUCUCUGAAUAAGAAUAUUUCCAUUCAUCAUA